UUUUUCUGUGCUCUCUCAGUUCCCCCAUUUUGCAACAAAAUUGUCUUUUGACCUGGUUUAAGUUUUAUGAUUCCACUCUGUUGAUGAUCAGCUCACAGUCAAAGCCACGCCUCCACAUUAAGGAACAUGAUAUUGCCGUGUUGCAGCUUUAAAAGGCUGACUCACUUCCUCUUGGUUAGACGCACUUUUACAACCCUUCCAGCAUAUUUUUCCAGGGAAUUCACUCAACUCUGAGCAGUACAUGGAAAUGGAGGAUCAGAUGGAAAGCCAGAAGAGGAGAGGAGUGAGCAAAGACACGCUGAUAUCUGAAGGGCCGGUCGGAUCUCUGGGAUGCUGCGGCUGGGUGCUGGUCAUCCUCUCAGGGCUUUUUGUUUUUUUGACCUUCCCAAUAACAAUCUGGGCUUGCUUUAAGAUUGUUCAGGAGUACGAGCGGGCCGUCAUCUUCAGGCUGGGCCGGAUCACGGACCGAAAGGCAAAAGGACCAGGAAUUUUCUUCAUUUUGCCAUGCACCGAUUCUAUUGUGAAAGUGGAUCUGAGAACUGUGUCAUUUGACAUCCCGCCACAAGAGAUUCUCACUAAGGAUUCAGUCACUGUGAGUGUGGACGGUGUUGUGUACUUCAGAGUAAGCGACCCCAUCGCCUCUGUGGCCAACGUGACUAACGCUGACUUCUCCACUCGGCUGCUGGCACAAACCACCCUCAGAAACGUUCUUGGCACCAAGAACCUGGCAGAGGUCUUGUCUGAUCGGGAGGGCAUCGCCCACAGCAUGCAGUCAAAUCUGGAUGAAGCCACGGACAACUGGGGCAUCAAGGUGGAACGUGUGGAGAUCAAAGAUGUGAAACUGCCUCAGCAGCUGCAGAGAGCCAUGGCCGCCGAAGCUGAAGCAGCUCGAGAAGCCAGGGCAAAGGUGAUUGCAGCUGAAGGUGAAAUGAAUGCCUCCCGGGCCCUGAAGGAGGCCUCCCUUGUUAUUGCAGAGUCUCCAUCAGCCCUGCAGCUCCGCUAUCUGCAGACUCUCAACACCAUUGCAGCGGAGAAGAACUCCACCAUCAUCUUCCCACUGCCUAUGGAUGUCAUAUCUCACUUCAUGCGCAAGUGAGGCUGCUGAAGCUAUCAUUUGGAGUAUGAGGAGGAAGGAGUCGGGCUGCAUUUAUUGCCUAUGCUAGAGGGAAAAAAAAAAAGCCAAAAUUCACUGCCAAUCCUUCAUGGCUUAGUGAUUGUUAGCUUUGAUCAAACAGAGUCUUUCUUAUGGAUGUGAUAUAAACAGAAAAUGUAAUGCCAAUGUAAUGUGGUUUUUUAAUUUUGUGUCUGCAAUGAUGUACAAGUAACUUAAUGUCGAAAAAUUCAAAAAGAUUCUCUUGUAUCUCAAUUCUGGAAACUCCCAAAUGAAAUGCUAAUGUGAAAUUACAAAGAAACUAAAUGUGUUUUUGAAAAGUCAUGUUUUGAUUUCAUAAACUCUUACAGUGAUACAGUUUUGAAAAGGCCAAACUAAAACUCUUGGCUUUUUCAAACUUUUUCCUUUUACAAUAAUGUGAUGUGCAUCUGUAUUUGGGCACUUUGAUGCAAAGCGUCUUUGCCAAUAAUUGUAUUCAGAUGUCUCCUAAGCAGUAAACAAUUAUGUAAGUAAUUUAAUUUCUGUAUGCGAAAGACUCUAAAUUUAAUGAAGAAUAAAAAAAAAUCACAAACAA